ACAUCUUUAUAAGGAUGAUCUCAAAAAUAUAAUUUUCUUUCUAAUUGAAAAAAAUUAAAGCGGAAAAUCAAAUUUAUUGAGUUGCCCUCGCACAGUCGCUCUCGCGCACACCCACCCACCCAUUCUCUCCCCCUUCUUCCGUCACCGCCCUCUCUCAGUCUCUCUCUUCUCAUCUUAUCUCAGCUUCUUCAUCCGCCAUUGAAAGUUUCAAUUGGACAUCCCCUUCCUCACAGCCCGAUCCUCCGCACUCAGAUCUUUCACUGUACAGCCGCCGUUGGAUUGCUUCGUUACAGGUCUGUCGAUUACAGACAAGCAAACAUUAUCAAAACUUUGCGUUUGAGCUGCAAAGAUAGAUUCAUUCAAUCAUUAGCAUAAGAAAGCAGCUCCUUUGAUCUGUGCAUCAGGUCACACGAACAAGGACAAAGAAAAAAGGCAGGCUACUAGCAAGACCAAAAGGACAAAAAUGUCCUCUUCAGCGGGGAAUCAGGUGAGGGCGUCCCAUAUACUCAUCAAGCAUCAGGGUUCGAGAAGAAAGGCGUCAUGGAAGGAUCCUGAAGGUCAGAUCAUCAGGAACACCACCCAAGACUCUGCCGUCUCUCAACUCAAGGCCCUCCGUGAUGAAAUUCUUUCUGGAAAGGCCAAGUUUGACGAUCUCGCCUCACGCUACUCUGAUUGCAGUUCUGCCAAACGUGGUGGCGAUCUCGGUCCCUUUGGCCGGAACCAGAUGCAGAAACCUUUUGAAGAAGCAACAUUUGCGCUCAAGGUUGGUGAGAUGAGCGACAUUGUGGAUACGGAUAGUGGAGUCCAUAUCAUCAUGAGAACUGGAUGAGCACCAAAAGUGAAAGUUAUUGACAUUUUAGUAAGUUAUUGAUAUUUGAGUGAAUCCAAGUAUCUUUUGAAACACAAUUGUUCCUUGAUAUUAAUGUUGCCUAUGACUGAUUACUCUUAUUGGAUGGAGUGAUGUUGACUUGUUGGCGUUUGAGUACCUAAAUAUGGUUUGUAUUAAGUGAUGUUGACUCGUUGGCAUUUGAGUACCUAAACAUGGAUUUGAGCACCGUUUCUAAUACAUAUUAUUCUGGGA